AGCCCAGCAGCAGCAGCAGAAGGAGCAGCUCCAAGACCAAAAUGCUGAAGAGGAAGAGGAAGAGGAGUCUGACUCCGAAUCUGAGGUGGGUGCGGAUUCAUCCUCCACUGACGACGACAUUGAAGAAGAAAUCGACCCGGAGCUCCCCGGAGACGAUCCUUGGGAGUCCAAAGCCACCCCUGAAACUUACAUCAGGAGAUUUUAACAAAAAUCCUCGGGAGCAAAAGGUAUAAGGUACUCCAAGAAGAGGAGGAGCGAAGGCGACUUCUCAGAUACGCACCUGAAGAGGUCAAGUGGGAUGUCGCCGACGAUCUAGAGCGUUGGCGGGAGGAGGAUGUGAAGGAGCUUUGGGCGGAUGCUCCGCUGUUUAUGACUAAGCUCGGGUGGGACACUGUCUGGGCAGACGAGGAGGACUGGGCCGUCGUCAAUGAAGAAAUUCAGGCAGAAAGGGACCCUCCCAUUGCACCCUUUUACGUGCCUUACACGAAGACUUACCCCCCUGUUCCCAAAGAUGACUAUGAUAUAAAGGGACCAAAGGGGUCAUCAAGGAAUUUGAUAGAAUUGAGGAGUUAGUUACUUGGGUAUGAAGGCACUGUUUGGGAUGACUUGGCUCAUGGGAAAGGUGUUUAUGUUGCUGAACAGGGACUGGUCAGGUAUGAAGGUGAAUGGCUUCAAAACAACAUGGAAGGCCAUGGGGUCGUCAAAGUUGACAUACGUGAUAUAGAACCUGUCCCAGGCUCCAAGCUUGAAGCAAAAAUGCGUGCUGAAGCGAAAAUAAUACAAAGAGAUUUUAUGUCCCCAGAAGACGGGGAAUGGCUAGAGAUGGAUAUUGAAGAUAGCCUUAGCCUGGCUGGAAAGCAGAAAGAAAUUCCUUUUUAUGAGAAUGAUGAGUGGAUCAGAUAAUUUGGGAGGAAACUGGAGGAGGGUCCAUAUCACUAUGCUCGCCAGUGGAAGCAUGGCAGGAUGCAUGGCUGUGGUGUCUAUGAAGUCGAUCAACGCACCAUAUGUGCAGGGUAGAUUUUACUUUUGGGAGCUAAUGGACAAUUUUGAUGGCUGUGAUGAGAACAUUUCAGUGAUGCAUGCUGCUAUGGCAGAAGUAGCUGCCACUGAGGCUCAGAUGUUUGUUAACAAACCAGAUGGAAUGGUUAGAGAAGAGAGGGGCCCUUACAGUGAUCCACAACACCCUUAUUUCUAUGAGGAGGAAGAUGUGUGGAUGGCACCUGGCUUUAUCAACCAGUUCUAUGAAGUGCCUGAUUAUUGGAAGACAUAUGUGCAUGACGUUAAUCAAGAAAGAGAGAUGUGGUUAAACUCAUUCUAUAAAGCCCCACUGAGGUUGCCUAUGCCUGCUGAACUUGAGUAUUGGUGGUUGAAAGAUGAGACUCCCGAAUUUGUCCUUGUUAACAAGGAGCCAGAGCCUGAUCCUGAAGAUCCAACAAAGCUGGUUUAUACUGAAGAUCCCCUUGUACUGCACCCUCCAACUGAAAGGAAGGUGAAGAUGUUGACACAGAGAAGGCUCAGUUUCUGCAUCUCUGGUUUUGAUGAGUUUUAUGGACUGAAAGAGGUUGAGAAAAAGGAGAGUAUGUGGAAAAGUGUUGUAUUAGCAGUGGAAAAUGCACUGAAGCCAGUGCUUGAUAAACUAGAGAACUGGAGUGAAGAAAAGAAGAAAGCUAGUGAGAUGAAGUUGCAGCUUAUUGAGAAAGAACUUGAACAUAUCAAGGCUGAAUUGUGUUUGGAAGAGGCUCUUGAGGACUUGGAUGAGGAGUUGAAGAUGAGAGAGAAAGAGGACAAGAAAGGGGAAGUGGGUCUGCAGCAAGAUGAAGAUACUUCUGUGGUGGCCAAGCAAGAGGAAAAAGCAGGGAGUCAAGAGGAGGUUGGUGAAGAUGAAGAUGAGUAUGAAGAGAACAAGGAAGAAGAUGAUGUUAUACCAUCCAUUUUGGAUCUGUUGGAGAUCAGGACUCAACAAAUAAUGAUCAGAAGGGAAAGCAGCCUGGGGAAUCACCAUUUUCAUCAUCUUCACUGUCAUUUGCUUCCUCUAGCUGUCUUUCAGCUGUUCCAUCUAGAUUGCAACAAUCAAUUCUGUCUUUUAAACAAGGUAUAUUGACAAUGCAUUCAACUCCUUCCUUGUGUGUUGAAAACUGGAAUGGUCCCUCGAAAAGAACAGAUUCAGUCAGUUUCCCUCCAUUGCAUGGCCAGAAAAGGUGGUUUAGAGCAAUCAGGCAAGAUCAUCGGAAGUUUCAACGAAGAAACCAUACAAGUAGCAGGAUAUCUCAAUUAAACAAGUCCUUAUGCAAGAUUCUUUCAUGUCCUUCUGCUGCCAGUAAUCCCAAAAGACGCCUGAAAGCACCAAGAAUAGAAGAUAGCCAUGGUUGGCUGCAUGCACCACCACAUGGGGAUUCAGGUAGUAUUUUAUCCUUGCACAUGCCAUUGUUGUUUGAAUAACAAGUGAUUUUCUUAGGAUCUGUUGGUAUAUCUAACCCCUCCCACCAGACCAGAGUUGGAAAUUUUUUUAUACUGAGGGUUUUUUUUUUUUCCUCUUUAUGAAAUCUACAUUUUCUUUAAAAGAGAAGAAAAGAGUUUUUGAUUUUUAAUCCAGAUGAUGGGAACUGUCUAUAUGAAUUUUCUCAUCCCACUAGAUGCGUAAUACCUUAAUUCACUCAUCCGCUACUUUUUAGUUAUGGCUAUCAAUCAAAACCAUAAGUAUUA